CAAAAAAAAAAAAAAAGAAGAUGAUUCCAAGCCAAUAUUAUUCCUUUUCUGGUAUUGUUGUCACCUUGUAUUUCUUUUUCUUGGCUUCAUGUGUUCUACAAAUUCUUGCGUCUCCUACUCCACACUAUUGCCGCAACGAUCAGAGGGAUGCUCUUCUGGAGUUCAAACAAGAGUUUCCGGGAAGAAAUAUGAACUCCUCGAGUUAUAAUGAUAUGAGCUCAUGGAACAAGAAAAGUGAUUGCUGUUAUUGGGGGGCUGUCGUAUGCGAUGCUAAAUCUGGCCAGGUUAUUUCACUUGAUCUUAGUAAAGUCGCUCUUAACAACUCUUUGAAACCAAAUAGUGGUCUUUUCAAACUCCUAUAUCUUCAAAGGCUAUACCUUUUAAAUUGCAAUCUCUAUGGAGAGAUUCCUUCUUCGUUUGGGAAUCUUUCGCAUCUCAUGGAGCUUGACCUUUCGAUUAAUAACUUAGAUGGUCAAGUUCCAUCUUCAAUCGCAAACUUAACCCAACUAAGGUACUUGAGACUUUUGGAAAACAACUUAAGUGGGAAAUUUUCUGUCUCAUUAGCCAAUUUAACGAAUUUAGUCCAACUCGAGAUCGGUAAUAAUUACUUUGAACCCGAGCUUCUACCCGACAUGAGUCGAUUCCACAACUUGGCCAUAUUUUGGGGUGGAAACUUUUUUGGGCCUUUUCCUACGUCUUUGUUCACCAUUCCUUCCUUGCAAUGGGUUGAUUUGGGGGAAAAUAACUUUACAGGACCUAUAAGUUUUGGGAAUAUGUCUUUAUCUUCUUCUAGGCUUAUGUUUCUAAGCCUAGAAGAUAACAAACUUGAUGGCCCGAUCCCUAAAUCCAUGUCCAAAUUUCUCAAUCUCGAACAAUUAGAUCUUAGGAACAACUCAUUCUCCGGACCUUUCCCUACAUUCUUGCUCACGAUUCCUUCGUUAACAAUUGUUAAUUUGGCGCAAAACCACUUCAAGGGACCUAUAGAUUUUGAGAAAACAUCGUCAUCGUCUAGCCUUGGUGUUCUAAACAUUGCUGAUAACAAAUUCGAUGGCCAAAUCCCUGAAUCAAUAUCUAAAUUUCACAAACUCGGAGAAUUAGAUGUUUCCAACAACAAGUUGGAAGGCAAUGUACCAGGUUGCUUAUUGAGUUUGGCAUCGCUGAAACUUUCUCACAACUCUUUUACCAGUGUUGGAAAAUCAUCAUCACAAGUUUCGGAACAAGCAGAAAUGCGUGAGUUGCGUCUUGAUUCGAAUUCAUUCCGAGGACCAUUUCCUUAUUGGAUAUGCGAGAUGAGAUCGCUAGAGUUCUUAGAUAUGUCCAACAACAGCUUCAGUGGCUCGAUUCCUCCAUGUUUUAGGGACAUUACUAAAUUUCUUGAAGUGCUUAAUCUGCGAAACAACAAUUUCAGUGGGAAUCUUCCAGAUGUGUUUGUCAGUGCUACCAAAUUAAUCCUACUUGAUGUUAGCCGCAACCGGUUGGUAGGAAAACUCCCAAAAUCAUUGAUCAAUUGCAUAGCGAUGGAGUUUUUGAAUGUGGAAGGAAACAAAUUCAAGGACAAGUUUCCAUCUUGGUUGAGUUCUCUGCUAAGUUUAAAGGUUCUCAUCCUCAGAUCAAACCAAUUCUAUCACCCCCACGUCUCCGUUGGGUUUCAACGUUUAAAAGUCAUCGAUGUAUCACAUAACGACUUAACUGGAACUUUCCCAGAUUUCUAUUUUUCUGAUUGGUUCGGAAUGUGUCAAACGACUACAUUAUUAAACCUAGAAAAUGAUGUUAUAUAUAUGGAAUAUCUCAUCGACAUGAAUAAUUACGAAGCUUUCGUGAUGAAUUCUCGUACUUACAGUAGUUCUAUGGAAAUGGUGUACAAAGGUGUAGAUACAAAAUUUGAGAAGAUCCGAAAAGACUUCAGAGCCAUUGAUUUUUCAAGAAACAGGUUUUAUGGAAAUAUCCCUGAAUCCAUUGGCUUGUUGAAGGGUUUACGUUUUCUCAACUUGUCGAGUAAUGCUUUCACAAGCAAUAUACCUCACUCAUUGGCAAAUUUGACAAAUCUUGAGGCAUUAGAUGUAUCCCAUAAUCAGCUGUCAGGUCAGAUUCCCCAAGAUCUUGGUGAGCUCUCCUUUUUGUCAACCAUGAACUUCGCCCACAACAAUCUUGAAGGUCCAAUACCACGAGGCACACAGUUUCAAAGACAAAAUUGUUCUUCAUUCAUGGACAACCCCAAACUUUACGGUCUUGAUGAUGAUAUCUGCAGAAAAACUCAUGUCCCAAAUCCUGCACCACAAAAAUCAGAAGAAGAACAAAUGAUUAGCUGGAUAGCGUUGGCAAUAGCGUAUGGACCUGGUGUUUUCUGCGGAUUGGUGAUUGGACAUAUCUUCAUUUCACACAAGCAUGAGUGGUUCAUGGAAAGGUUUCGUAGAAACAAUCCCAGAGUUGUCAUCAGAAGCGCUCGUUGAACACUUCCUUUGGGUAUAUCUCUUAGCAUUCGUCAAGCGUUUAUGUACGUGUUUGUAAUAAUAAUUUGUCAUGAUGUGUUUUCCAAAAAAAAAUUGUGUAUUGGAGUUUCCAAAUUGAUGGUUUUGUAAUAAACGUCCUUGGUGGCGGGUACGUAUUUGAAAUAUAUUGGCUUGAAAAUGCAUUCAAAAA